AGAUGGCGGCGGCAGGUCCGAGCACUCGGGCUUCUUCCGCGGCGGCCACGGCGGCUCUGAGUCGGCGGGGCCGGCGGGGCCGCUGUGACGAGAUGGCGGCCGCGAAGACCGGGCUUCCGGGCCCGGCCUCUAGCCCCGCGUUGUUAGUGUUACCGCCGCCGCCACAGCCGGAGGAGUCGGGCUGCGCCGGGUGCCUGGAGACCCCGGGGGAAGCGGCGGCCCUGCCGUGCGGCCACUCGCGGUGCCGAGGCUGCGCCUCCCGCGCUGCGGGCCCGGGCUGCCGUCGCUGUCGUCCCCGGGGUUCGGGCUGGGCCCGACGUCGGGCCCGCGACGACGGCCAGGCCGCCACGGAGCUGCUGAACGAGCGCGCCCGUCGCGGACAACCAGAGCGCUGCCGCUCGCGCCGGGACGGGGGCGCGGCCGGCGCGGGGCCCAGGCCGGACCCGGAGCCGCGCGCGGAGCCAGAGUUUAUAUUCAGAGCACCAAUCAAAUUAAGCAAGCCUGGAGAACUUCGUGAGGAGUAUGAAUGUCUAAGAAAGCUGAGAGAAGAGAAGUUACAGGAAGAAAAAACUUGUGAAGAUAAGAUCCACAAGGUACUGCAGGAGGAUUCAGAAAUGGGAAAAAGGAAAACGGAUGAACAGAAAACAAGAGAUGAGCCAGUGGUGCUGAAAACAACUCUGGAGCAGUGUCCUGCACGUCUCUCGGAUUCAGAGAAUGAAGAACCUUCUCGGGGCCAAAUGAUACAGACACAUCGCUCGGCCUUUGUCUCCAAGAACAGCUCCUACUCCUUAGCUUUCCUGGCAGGGAAGCUAAACACCAAGGUGCAGAGGAGUCAGAGCUGCAGUGACACGGUUCAGGACCGAGUGAAGAGCAGGCUCAGAACUGCUCCACCCAACAGAGCCAAGGUCACAACUAUAACUCCAGGCUCCACCCCCAUUAUUGGUGUUCUCUUGUCCACUCAAAACAACCGCUGCCUCUCAGCUCCUGACUUAACCAUAGAAAAGCGCCUGCCCUUCAGCUCCCUUUCAUCCUUGACUUCUUUGCAUAAGCCAGAGCGCUCUAUCAGCCCUGAAAGCAACGACAGCAUCUCUGAAGAACUAAACCACUUCAAGCCCAUCGUCUGCUCACCAUGCACCCCUCCCAAAAGACUCCCUGACGGCCGUGUGCUAAGUCCUCUCAUCAUCAAGUCAACACCUCGUAACCUGAACAGAAGCCUGCAGAAGCAGACUUCCUACGAGGCUAGUCCACGGAUCCUCAAGAAGUGGGAACAGAUCUUCCAGGAACGGCAGAUCAAGAAGACCCUUUCCAAAGCCACUCUCACCUCCCUGGCCCCUGAAGGAUGGGAGGAGUUACCAGGCUCUGAAGCUAUUCAUUCUAGCAAGGAGAGGCCGCCUCUGGCUCUAAGUACAAAACUGUCCAGAGCCCAGGUGCUCUCAGAGUGUGCUGGGCCCACAUCUACUACCCUUGAAUAUUUCCCUUCUGUUAACCAGACAAAAGCAGAACAGGACUGUGUUAGAAAAAGGAGCCAUGAGGUUCCAGUGGAAUCCUGCCAUUCCUCAGAGUACAGAGUUGUAGCCAGUGGGCCUUCUUUGGAAGGGGAGCAGUCUGAAGACUCAAGGUCCACCCUAGAUGCCACGUUAGACAAAACUUGCACGAGCACAGUCAUGAAGACUUCAGCAGUUAAUUCAGUGCUACCCAAAAAUGAUGUUUUGGGUGGGGUCCUCAAAACAAAGAAACAGCUGAAGACACUUGGUCAUUUUGAUCUGGCCAAUGGCAUUCUGGUUGACAGCCUAGGAGAGGAGUCAAUUCCUUCCUUGCGUAGGGGCCGGAAAAGACAUUGUAAGACCAAGCACUUGGAACAAAAUGGUGUUAAGAAACUGCGACCACCCAGCAGUGACAUGGGCCUGGCCCCCAAAGACCCAGGACUGCUUGAGGUGGGGCGGAAAUGGCAGCAGGAGGAUGCGGGCCCGAUGGCUAUCCAGUCACAGUGCAUAUUUGACGGUGAGAGGCGGACUGUGAGCCGGCGGAAAGGAAACAUGGAUCAGUAUCUCUUACGGUCCAGCAGCCUGGCUGGGGCCAAGUAGCACUUACUGAACAAUGUAAUGUUACGGCUUCUCAGAGGCCUUGGCCUCAGUCAUUUAUCCAAAAGAACUAGCUGAAUGGUCUCACUUUGAGUUUCUUUCGAUGGCAAAACACUGUCUAAUACGGUUCUGAGGGGCUUCAGGACCUUGGUAAUCAAAGCCAAGGGUCUGUAUCUUGGGCUCUCUAGGACCUGGGCCAUGCUUCUCACCCCCCGAGUGAGCCAACUCUGAAGGCUGCCAGGCCCAAACCUGGCAGCACCCACUUGGAAUGAGAUUGAGAUUGGCCUCAUUCAUGAACGUGAUGGCCAGAGUGAGAGACGGCAGGGAGAGAGUACCUUCUCACACUCGUGAGACCCCCCAGCUUCUUACGACAGAGUAGUGUUUAAGUCAACCUUGCAGAUAAAGAUCCACUCUUCAGAGACAAGCAGUGCAGUGCUUGGGAAGAUCCGAGAUGAACAGCACAGGCAAUCUGCUAUAGCUCCUUGUGAUCUGGUGGUUGUGACUUACUCAACCUGUUUACAUUAGGAUUGGAGAAGGGGCCCUGCAUCCUGGUGGACUGCCACUGCUGUCUGUAACCCCUUGACUCAUAAAGAGCCUUUUGACAGAGGACUUGGGACAAGGUAUGCCCUGUCAGGGAUGCUUUUCGCCACAGUGAAAUGGUGUGGAAUUGAGUGGGAGGUUGUACAACUAAAACAGAACCAAAGUGCAUUCUUCAUGUGUAUGCGCCUGUUCCAGGCGAGGCCCAGGUUGGAAAUGCAGUAAAGCAGACUUAUGAAAGCAAACAGUCUACUUCUGGUUAGUCUCGAGAGACCUGCGUCUGACAGUGUGGACUAAGCUCAAGGCAGGUGUUUGGGUGCUGUCCUGGGGCAGGGAGGUACCUGGGAUGGAAAGGCACUGGGGUGCGGUCUCCACAAGGAAUAAGUAUACCUUUUGAUGUAUUCUAAUGGACAGUAUUUAGUUUCCUGACCUCUUGUGAUCAUCCCUACUUCUCUGAAGACACAGUUUGCAUAAAGAAUGACUUGUGGGAUGCCAUCGUCCUUGCCCCUUACAGCUGUACUUAGAAAUACGAUUGUUAAACAUACUCUUCUUUGGAACCAUUGCU